AUGCCAAGUACUGUAAGCCUGAUGGAAUACAGAAACAAUGUGACUGAGUUUGUUCUCCUGGGACUCACACAGAACCCACACAUGCAAAAAAUUAUUUUUUCUGUAUUUUUGGUAAUAUAUAUCUUCUCUGUGGUAGGCAAUUUGCUUAUUCUGGUCACCAUUACAAAUAGUCAACUAUUGGAUUCCCCUAUGUACUAUUUUCUGGCCUAUCUCUCCUUCAUUGAUGCCUGCUACUCCUCUGUCAAUACUCCUAAGUUGAUUGUUGAUUCACUCCGUGAAAGGAAGUCCAUUCAGUUCAAUGGAUGUAUGACCCAAGUCUUUGGGGAACACUUCAUUGGAGGCGCUGAGGUCAUCUUGCUUACUGUCAUGGCCUAUGACCGCUAUGUAGCCAUCUGUAAACCUCUGCAUUAUGCAGCCAUCAUGAAUCGACGACUCUGUAAUUUACUUGUGGGAGUGUCAUGGGCUGGAGGGUUUCUUCAUGGGGGUAUACAAAUUCUUUUCAUUGUUGGACUACCUUUCUGUGGCCCUAAUGUCAUAGAUCACUUUAUGUGUGAUCUGAACCCUUUGCUUGAUUUAGCCUGUACUGAUACACACAUUCUAGGUCUCUUUGUUGCUGCCAACAGUGGCUUCAUCUGUCUGUUAAACUUCCUCCUUCUGCUCAUAUCCUACAUGAUUAUCCUGUGCUCCCUAAGGACCCACAGUGCAGAAGGAAGACACAAAGCCCUCUCUACCUGUGUUUCUCACAUAAUAGUGGUGAUCUUAUUUUUUGUACCCUGCAUAUUUGUGUACAUGAGACCUGCAGCUACAUUACCCAUGGAUAAAGCAGUUGCUAUUUUUUAUACUGUGAUAACUCCCAUGCUAAACCCAUUAAUCUACACCUUGAGAAAUAAUCAGAUGAAAAAUGCCAUUAAAAGAUUAUUUAGUAGAAAAACUCAGCCAGACAACAAAUAA